AUGAGGUUGAAGAAGAAUCACUUAAUCAUCAACAAGUGUCUGAGGAGUCAAGUGGUGAUUUCCCUAGUAAGUGGAAUAAUUCAAGUGAUGAAGAUUCAAGUAAUGUCGAAGAGAUUGAUGCAAGUGAGUUUGUUCCAAAGAGUAAGCGUCUUCAAGAGAUUGAAGAUACACAUUCAACUGUGUAGAAGACAUCAAUUGAAGUUGAAGAUUUGA